ACCCCGUCCCACCGCCCCCUUCGCGCCCGCCGGCCUCGCGCCCCGUUGCCGUGGCGACCCCGCGGCUGGCGUAGCACCCCCCGGGGGGGGGGGCCGAGCCCCCCGAUGCCGCCCCCAGAGGCGCCCCCGGCCCCCGGUGUGAGCGUGGUGGUGGUGGUGGGGGGCUCCUGCGUCCUGCGCUACAGCCGCCCCCCCGGCCCCCCCCCGCCCCCCCCCUGGGCCGCCCCCCCCGCCUGGGGGGGAGGGGGGAAUUGGGGGGACCCCGGGGGGAGGAGGGGACCCCCCCAGAUCCGGCGUCACGACGGGGAUCUCGUCCUGCUGCUGCGGAGCCUGGGCGCCGGGACCCCCCCCGAGCCCGUGGCCGUCACCAGCUUCGUGGGCCCCGAACCCCGCGACCUCCUGCCCGCUGUCCCCCCAGUUGACGUCGACGUGGAGGUGGGGAGCACCGGGGGGGGGCCGGGGUACGACCUGGCCUGGCCACAGGAGUGGGGGGGCCCCCCCCCGUUCGCGGUGGAGCUGCCCCGGGGGCCGCGGGGUUUCGGGUUCAGCCUCCGGGGGGGCCGCGACCUCAACACGGGGGUCUACGUGCGGGGGCUGCGCGAGGGGGGGCCGGCCCAGCGCUGCGGCCGCAUCCAGGUGAGCGACCAGCUGCUGGCCAUCAACGGGGCCCCCACCGCCGGCAUGACCCACGCCCAGGCCCUGGCCCGCAUCCGGGGGGGGGGGCAGCCGCCUGCGCCUGCUGCUGCGCCGGGGCCACGGGGCCCCCCCAAAUCCGUCGGCGAGGGGCGUCCUCACCCUCUGCGUCAGCAGCUCCCCCCGGGGCGAACCCUGCUUCUGCCUCGUGGGACGCCGGGACCCCCCCUGACUGGAAGGCGAUGGCAGAGCAAGGUGCCCCCCCAAUUUGGGGAGGGAGGGGGGGGGCACCCUCCCAGCUACGCAAUGCCCCCCCCAUUACCCUGUGUACCUCCUCAUUUUUUUUGGGGGGGGGGGUGUCCCACCGAGGCGGUUGCCCCCCCUUUUUUUUGGGGGGGCGCUCAAUAAAGGUGGG